AUUCUUCAUCGUCUGAUGGUGAGGAUGAAGGUUUUGAUGACAAAACUACACUCAGAAAGAAAGAUGAGGAUUUCUUUAAAGCUUUAAUAAUGAAAGAAGCGAACAGUGAGAUAAAUGUACAAAGUUUUUCAGGCACUGGGACUAGUUAGUGUGUUGGUAGGCUUUGCUUCACAAAUGAAUGGAAGAAUUCUUCAAUCUAAUUGCCAAGUUUCAUAUCUGCCUUCUUAUUUAAUUGUAAAGUUGGAAGGAGUCUAAUCAAUUCUCCACUUCUUAAUUGGUUGUUAAAUUUAAGUUAGCAAUGGACUCUGCUAGAAUGAUCCACAAAUGGGAUUGGAUGCAGCAGCUGUGUUUUCAAGUUACAUGCCUAGGCAAUGAGGCGCAUUGCAAAUAAAAGGCCUUGCACCCCUUUGGGAGAAGUGCCUUUGAUUGCACAAACAAGCGUGCCUGAACUAAGUAUCAUUUUGGUUUCUGUAGUUUUUAAUUUAUUUAUCAGCUUUUCUUCUAAUUGUCAAAAAAAGGCUAAUAUUAGCUCUGGUACAUGCACAAUUUUUUUGUUGAAGAUUGAAGUGAACAAAACAUUGAGCUAUCUCUGAUGAUGAUUUUUAUCUUUGCAACACGUUAAACAAUAUAAGUGAAAUCAUAAUUUUUAACUUAUUAAAUACAAUGCAUAGAAUUUUCUUUAUCCAAUAUAUUAUUUAUAAUAUUAGCACCUUACUUCACUUAGUGAGCACUUAUUAUGUGCCUGCACGAUAUUUGAGUCGGUUGAGUGCCUCUUUUGCCCCGUGUGCAUCGGGUGGUGGAGUUAUGUUACUCCAACUACAACUCUUCCUUUUCCAUCUAGAAUCAGCAUCUAUUCAACAGCUUGAAGUUGACAUGGAUAUGGGGCCUCAACCGUCCAAAUAGAAGGGGAAAUUUACAAAAUAUUGAACUCACUAGUGUUGUCAAAGGCACAAGGUGAACUCUAAGUGCUAGGACCCUUACAUCACCUGAGGCACAAGGUGCAAAAGCACGUCCCCAAGUGAAGCAAGGUGCUAAUUUCUAAAAGAUAAUUAAUAUGUACAGGACAAAGAAAAUUCUUUGUAUUAUGUUUAGUAAGUGGAAAAUAUAUUAUUUUGUUAAUAAGCAUUGUAGUGUUUACUCCAUUACAUUGCUAAAUGUGUUCCAAAUAUCAAGAAUAUCAUAAUUAAUGUCAACAAACAAAGUUCCAAGUUUCCUUCACUUCCAUCUACAAUAAAAGAUGUGCAUAAAUUAUAUUAUUUAAUUUUUAUUCCUGUAAUUAGAGCUGACUGACUUGCUUUGAACUGAGGACUUGUAAGUAAUCUGAGAUUACUGUUGUCUUUUACUACAUUGGUAUGAAAACUGAAGCUUGGCUAAUUUAUCAAUGAAUUCUUUUUGAAAUAUCAAUGUUCUAACCUAGGUGAGAAGCCAUGACCCCAGAUUGAAGGAAAAAGAUGUCAAGCUUUUUGAGUCUGAUGAUGAUGAAAGCAGCAAACAAGAAGAAGAAAAUGAGCCGAAAGAAAAGAAAGAUAAGAAGGCAAUGUAUUUGAAAGAUGUGGUGGCAAAACACUUAAUGGAAGAAGGUCCAGAUUUUCAGCAGCAUGUUGCUGUUAAUGACCUGAAAAAGAAGGUAAAGAGUUAUGAUGAAGAACAAGAAGAGAUAAAGAAGGCUCUUUUGGAUGCAACAGAAGAAGUUGACAAUGAAGAUGAUGGGGAUUUCUUGAGAGUAAAGGAAACAAAGGGUAAGGAUGAGGGGGAAAAAGAAGAUUUGGGUGAUGGAGAGUUUUCAAAGAAGUUGGAAGAGUACUUUGGGGAAGAUGAGAAAAUGGAUGAGAAUACGAAGUUCUUGAAGGAGUUUUUCAAGAAUAAGAUGUGGAUAGAUAAGGAGAAGACGGCUGGAGAUCUUGUGGUUGAUAAUGAGGCUGUGGAUGACGCAUUGAGGGAUGAAGAGGAGAUUGAGAGGCAAGAGGGGUAUGAGUUGGAGUAUAACUUUAGGCAUGAGGAGAAUGCAGAGGAUAGAGUGAUAGGGUACUCUAGGAAAGUAGAGGGAUCAGUGAGGAAGAAGGAGAGCAAGAGGAAGGUACAGAGGGAGAGGAAGGAGGAGAGGAUGAGGAUUGCAGAGAUGGAAAGGAAGGAGGAGUUGAAGCAUCUGAAGAAUUUGAAGAAGGAAGAAAUUAAGGAGAGAAUGAAGAAGGUUAUGGAGAUUGCAGGCAUUAAGAGAGAUGAGGAGUGUCCAUUUAGUGCUAAGGAUUUGGAGGAAGAAUUUGAUCCUGAGGAGUAUGAUAAGAUGAUGAAGGCUGCAUUUGAUGAGAAGUAUUAUGAUGAUGAUGAUAUGGAGUUCAAUAGUGAUAGUGAUGGAAUUGAGAAACCAGACUUUGAUAAAGAGGAUGAGUUGCUUGGACUUCCUAAAGGAUGGGAUGUGCUUGAGUCUCAUGAAGGGUUCUUGGCUGCAAGGGAAAGGAAUAAACACAAGUUACAGAAGGGUGGGGGUAAUGAUACUGAAGGAGAAGAAGAAAUGGGAGAAGAGGAGAAGGGUGAACUCAAAAAUGAAGAAGAAGAUGAUGAUGAUGAUGAGGGCAAAGAACACAAAAAUGAAGAUGAAGAAGAUGAUGAAGAAAGGAAGGAAGAGGAGAUUGAGGAAGGUAAGCGGAAAAGGAAGCGUAAAUUGUCUAUUGUUCAGAAAGCUUUACAGGAAAUGUGGGAGGAAUUUUAUAAUUUGGACUAUGAGGAUACUAUUGGAGACUUAAAAACGAGAUUUAAAUAUGUCAAGACUAAACCGAAUAGAUAUGGGUUGAAGCCUAAAGAGUUAUUGACAUUGGACGAGAAAGAGUUGAAUCAGUAUGUGUCCUUGAAGAAGCUUGCCCCGUAUACGGAUAAGGAAUGGAAGGUACCCAAUAGUAAGAGGUACCAGCAGAAAUUGAGGAUUAGGGAGCUUCUCAAGGAGAAGCAAAAUUAUCAAAAGGCUGGUAAGAAGAGGUCAAGAGAUGCUGCUGAGCAAUCGACUUCAAGAAUUGGUGGUGGCAAGGAAGAUAAGAAAGCAAAAUUGGAGGAUUCUGAUGGCAAUAUGCUGAAUUUAUCUAACCAGGGCAAGAAAAAGCGUCGUCAAGCAUCUAACAUAUCAGAGUCAAGGCGCAAGGCAUAUGGAAUGAUUUCUUCUAAACCAAAGAAGAACAAACUGAAGCACUGACCAGCUAGAGUAAUUCGGUCUGAGUCAGUAGAGGUGAAAUAAUGGUACAAACUGGGUUUGAUUGUGCGCUGGUCCUUGUUUCUCUGCAUUAACAAGGGGAACUGCAAAAGAAAGGAGAAGACUGUCAGAGCAUGCAAAAUUUUAUCUGCAUACCCCAUACAAGUGAGAGAUAGAAGUCUAUUGAGAGGUUCAUAAAGGGCUUAGGUGAUAUAUGCAAAAGAGCUUGUUGAAACCAAUGCUUAUUGAAAGACGAGAACUUGGAACACCUUCUUGGCAGUUGCCCAUUUUGUUUUUAGGAGGGGGGAGGGGAAAGUCGAGGAUAUCUGCCUGACAUUUUCUUUUCUCCUUUGGGCAGACAGACUGACAAAGAUUAUAUAGUUUAGGAUUUUUCUCAUGACUUCCUGUUGAUUUUUAUACUACUAGUUUCCAAAUCAAGAUACUCUAGUUUAGCCUUCUGCAACAUUUUGCCCUAUGCUAUAAAUGCUUCUUUUUUUUGUCAACCAACUAAGGUCAUAUAUUUCUAUAGCCAAUCUUCCUGAGGUUAUCUACUAAAUGUUUUAGAUCCCCUCUGGGUUGCUAUGCUAUUUGGAUGUUACUUUACUUUUUUUGUGCUAGGCAAUUAUUUUUAAGUGGACAAAUGCCUGGAUUUUGCAGGAGCUGCGAUUAGAACCUUAGCCCUGCAAGAUUUUCACCCCUAGGGGUGUUGAAGCGUUGGGACCAGGCCCCAUCCUUUUCUGUAUGGUACUUAGGCAAGGGAGAAUGUUAUCCUUCGAUUGUGACAAUGUCAUUGGUUGUUACCUUGGUAAAUGAUGUUGGCUUAUGAACUGCCUCUUCUCCCUUUGAUUUUGCUGACAGUGAGAUUCAAUAAAUAUGAAGAUAUAAAUUCCUUCUCUGGAAAUUUUUUUUCCUCGUCUUGUUUUCCCUGAAGAAAAAUCUUUGGAACUGAAAAUGAAAUACUAAAUGCAGAUGAUAGAAGUAAAAAAUGCAUGUCAGUUUGUAGAACAGAGUAGGACCGUAAAAGUAGCCUGGAUAUCAUUUUGCAAUUGUUCGAAUGCAGAUUGAGAAAGGUAGAAUGAGAUACAGAGCACACAUACAGGAUUGAGAAAUGAUUGCUUAACGUGAAACGAGAUAUCAUUCACAUGAUCAUAUAAGGUUGCAUCUAUGAAAGUUAGAGGCAAAAGUGGACUCAUCCUCAGAGCAUGGCAUGGUUGGGCAUGAGGUAUACCGUAAACCAUUUGCAUGAUGCUUUGAUGAAUCCUUUUGUAUAUUUGCUGAAUUGCUAAGCUGAACAUACAAUGUGUAGAGGAUUGAUUGAAUGGUUUCAGGGAGCAUUAUAUUGAUGUCAGUGAGGCUACAGAGAGGGAACCAAAGGGAAUGUCAUGAGUAAAUGAAAAGCAUGAACAUGCUUUGAAGAGGGGAAUGCCAUAAACUCUAAACUGGUUGCAGGAUACGUCCGAAAAGGAUACUGGUCUCCUGUUUGGAAUUUUACCUGGAUGAAGGCAGUGAGGACAGGGAUGAUAAACACUAGAAUGGCAUGAUGAGAAGCUGGAGUUGGCAUUUUUUUGCACCCAGUAACAUCUUGCACUGACGAUAAUGGGUUGUUGGCUUGGAAAGAUCCUUCUCCAUUCUCGGCGAACUCGUGUCGUUGCACAAUCUGCCAUUGCAUCCUGAGUAAAAAUUACAAAACACUAUCCUGGGGACUAAAGCUGGUAAUUGAUGCAUGUAUAGUUGGAAGGAUUAGAUUUGUUUUACAGAUGAUUCGUAUCUUCUCUUGCGCCCCACCAUGUAGGGUAAAAUGUUGACAUUUGCGGCAAUGAUUCAGUGGCAAGAUAAUAAGAAGAAAGAGAUGGCCAGAAGGGUGAGUAGAUUAAGACAGCUGCUUUCGUGCACUUGAUAUCUUUCUAGGUUUAGACUGUUGUUUGGUCAAUAGCCAAAAUGGGCAGAUACUGUUAUAUUUCUACACAUUCAUGUAAAUAAAAUGGAAAGUUCAGACCUUCACACUAGCAAUGGAAACAAGCCUUCUAGAUAGGAGUAAGGGCUUUUGCUUUU